AUGAUUAACUCAGAGGCAGGCAUCUGUGCUGAAGAAGCUUAUGUUUGUCUUCAUGAAUUUCCUUGGCCAUCUAAACACUACCUUCAUUCUCAAACUCCUUGCAGGAGGUGGGAUGUACUGGUGUUGACACCAUGGUUGGCUCCAGUUGUCUGGGAAAGCACAUUCAGUAGAGACAUCCUGAAUGCUCAGUAUAUGCAGAAGAACCUGGUCACUGGAGUGGUCACUUUUGCUGUUAGAAAAUAUGUCCAGUUCAUAGAAGGGUUCAUAAGAUCUGCCAACAAGUACUUCCUUGCUGGGCACCAGGUGAAUUUCUACUUGUUUACAGACAAUCCUGAGAAGAUCUCUCACCCUCAGAUGGCCCCUGAGAAUCACCUGUUUGUCAUCCCUGUCCACAAUCACUCAAGGUGGCAGGACGUCUCCACAAGUUGUAAGGAUAUCGUCAAUACAUAUAUCCACAGCCAAUUCCAGUAUGAGGUUGACUAUCUCUACUCCAUAGAUAUUGAUGUCCAGCUACUGGCACACAUUGGUGUGGAGAUCAUUGAUACACUGGUGGGAACCCUCAGCUCUUGGCAGUUCACCACACAUCAUGAGAACAAAGCCUAUGAGACGCGCCCUGAGCCAUAAGCUGCAAUCCCUAAGGGAGAAGGGGACUUCUACUAUACAUCAAGCUUCUAUGGGGGAAGCGUGUCCGAGAUAUACAAACUGACAAGAGACUGUUUUAAAGGGAUCAUGGAAGACAGAGAAAAUGGCAUUGAAGCUAGGUGGCAUGAUGAGAGUCAUCUCAACAAGUAUCUCCUGUACCACAAGCCCACGCGCCUGCUCUCCCCAGAGUACUACUGGGAUGCAGAGCUAAACUCAGCCAUCAUCCAGGUGAAAAGGAUGUGCUCUGUGCACAAGGAUAGCUAGAAACAAGCUUCUGAAACAAAGAAAGCAAGUCUUUCCUCUCUACAACCCCAUUGA